AUGGCCGGGAGUUUGAUACGCAUGAGCUCGGGCUGUGAUUGGCGGAAGGCGCGGUGGAUGGUGGAGCUCUUGGGCUGGAUCCAGCUCGAGUUUGAUUGA